AUCAUCGCGUAAAAAGUAAAAUCCAGAUAGCAAGGGCAGUAUUGGAAAGAAAAAGAGUCCCUUGUCAGCAACAUCAUUAUUGCUGAUGUCAUUUUCACUUUAGGAUCAGUAUUUUCCUUUCAUCAGUUCAUGAUUUCUCUCUGAUCCUUUUGUCUAUAAACUGAACUGAAUUGAGUCUCAACAACCCAGUUGAGUAACUAAGAUGGCGCAAGUGAGGAACAAGCAAGUGCUUCUAAAGGACUAUGUUACCGGUUUUCCCAAAGAAUCCGACAUGAAUAUUGUCGAAAGUACCAUAACAUUGAAGCUUCCACAAGGUUCCAAUGAUGUCUUGCUCAAAAAUUUGUACUUGUCUUGUGAUCCGUAUAUGAGGAAUCUCAUGAACAAGCCCGAAGGCCCUCCCAAUAGUCGUGCUUACACUCCUGGCUCUCCAUUAAUAGGAUAUGGUGUGUCUAAAGUCCUGGAAUCUGGGCACCCAGAUUAUAAGGAAGGUGAUUUAGUGUGGGGCUUUACCAAAUGGGAAGAGUAUAGCUUGUUACCCUCAGCUCAAAUACUCUUCAAAAUUGAGCACACUGAUGUUCCACUUACCUACUACACUGGAAUUCUUGGUAUGCCAGGAGUGACUGCAUAUGCAGGUCUAUUUGAAGUAGGAUCUCUUCAGAAAGGAGAAAAUGUUUUUGUUUCGGCUGCCUCUGGCGCAGUUGGUCAACUUGUUGGGCAAUUUGCUAAACUGAAUGGUUGUUAUGUAGUUGGAAGUGCUGGAUCUAAAGAGAAGGUGGAUCUGCUGACAAAUAAAUUUGGAUUUGAUGGAGGUUUUAACUACAAGGAAGAGCCUGACCUUGAUGCAGCUUUGAAAAGGCACUUUCCAGAAGGCAUUGAUGUUUACUUUGAGAAUGUUGGGGGCAAGACACUUGACGCCGUACUCCUGAACAUGAGAGUCCGUGGUCGCAUACCCGUCUGUGGAAUGAUCUCACAGUAUAAUCUUACUCAACAUGAAGGUGUAACAAAUUUGGCACAGAUCAUAUAUAAGCGGAUUCGUUUGCAAGGCUUUAACUUCAUGGAUUUCGUUCACCUAUAUCCCAAGUUCUUGGAGUUUCUCCUGCCAAAUAUCAGAGAGGGGAAGGUUGUGUAUGUGGAAGACAUAGCUGAGGGGCUUGAGAAUGGACCUUCAGCAUUGGUUGGCCUUUUUAGCGGUCGCAAUGUUGGAAAACAAGUGCUCGUUGUUUCUCAUGAGUAAAAAGCAUUUGUUUCUUGUGUUCAAUGGGAAGUUAUCAGUUUUAUUUCUGGUUUUUUUGCUGAAAAAUUGGCUGUCUUGACAUCACCUUUGCAGUCACCUUCGUCAACUGUAUGAUGAUGCUCUUUGUUCUUGAUAGUCCUGAGAGCAGUAUCAAAUGUAAUGCACAGUUGUUUCUCUUGAAUAAAAGCAUUUGCUUUUUCUAUAUGUA